AUCAUACCAAAAAUAAUGGGCUAAGUUUGAGCUUAAAGAAGGCAAGUUUAGAGUUAGCAUUUUUUAGAGCACUUUCCUCUUCCCCACCCAUUUUCUCUCUCCUACUUGCUCCUUUUUCUUGCUACUACUACUACUACAGUACUACUACUCUACUACGGUACUACCUUCCUCUCUACUGGGUUCGGCUGUCCGAAAAUACUCCCAAAAAGAUCUAGCACAAAGGACUCAUUAGGCUCCUAGCUUAAACUUUCGUACCAGCUUCAAUCAAUCAUUCAGCAACUUGGCGCAUUUUUUACCAUUUUCUCUCUCCUCCUCCAACUGAACUUAGAGAUCUACCUAGAAGCUUUUUUGGGGAAAAUCGUUCAAACCCUAGUUAGCUCACUUCAAAUACCCAGCUCAAUUAAAUGGGGUUUUUGUCUGAGUAAGUGUUCGCCAUGUUUUGAGCUGCUUGAGCUACUGAAAAAGGCUCCAUUUUUGGUUUUAUUUUUUUGGGUGAGUGGGUGUGGAGAUCUGAGGCGCAUGAAGCAGAGAAGGGUGGAUUUUUGCAGUGGAACUGGUUUUGGUUGAGCAAAAUUUAUUUCCCUUUCUUGGGAAAUUCGAGGACGGUUUUUGGAGGGGGGGUGGGGGGUAGGAAGUUUUUUUUUUUUUGGUCUUUUUUUGUUUUCCCUAAUUUUUGGGGGUUCUUUGUUGAUUGAUUUUGCAAAAUGAGAUUGUCAUCUUCAGGUUUUCCUCAUCAACCCGAGGAAGGUGAGAAGAAAGUUUUGAACUCAGAACUGUGGCAUGCAUGUGCUGGUCCUCUAGUCUCUUUGCCUCCUGUGGGAAGCCGUGUUGUAUAUUUUCCUCAGGGUCAUAGUGAGCAGGUUGCAGCUUCAACUAAUAAAGAAGUAGAUGCUCAUAUUCCUAAUUAUCCUAGCUUGCCUGCACAACUUAUUUGUCAGCUUCAUGAUGUGACCAUGCAUGCAGAUGUAGAGACAGAUGAAGUAUAUGCUCAGAUGACCUUGCAGCCCCUGACUCUGCAAGAGCAAAAAGAUGUCUGUCUCCUACCUGCAGAAUUGGGUACUCCCAGCAAACAGCCAACUAACUAUUUCUGUAAAACAUUGACUGCAAGUGACACUAGUACUCAUGGAGGAUUUUCUGUUCCUCGUAGGGCAGCUGAAAAAGUCUUCCCUCCCCUUGAUUACACUCAACAACCUCCUGCUCAAGAAUUGAUGGCUAGGGAUCUGCAUGACAACGAAUGGAAAUUUAGACAUAUCUUUCGGGGGCAGCCUAAGAGGCAUCUUCUUACCACUGGAUGGAGUGUCUUUGUAAGUGCUAAAAGACUUGUUGCUGGGGAUUCUGUCAUCUUCAUUUGGAAUGAGAAGAAUCAGUUACUCCUUGGCAUUCGGCGAGCUAAUCGUCCGCAAACUGUGAUGCCUUCAUCAGUAUUGUCAAGUGAUAGCAUGCAUAUAGGUCUUCUUGCUGCAGCGGCUCAUGCAGCUUCUACAAACAGCCGUUUCACAGUAUUUUUUAAUCCCAGGGCCAGCCCUUCUGAAUUUGUGGUUUCAUUAGCUAAGUAUGUGAAAGCUGUCUACCAUACCCGUGUCUCUGUGGGCAUGCGGUUUCGGAUGCUGUUUGAAACAGAAGAGUCAAGUGUUCGCAGGUAUAUGGGCACAAUAACGGGUAUUAGUGAUUUGGAUCCUGCUCGUUGGCCUAACUCCCAUUGGCGCUCAGUGAAGGUCGGCUGGGAUGAAUCCACUGCUGGAGAAAGGCAGCCUAGGGUCUCUUUAUGGGAGAUUGAACCGUUGACUACGUUCCCCAUGUAUCCUUCUCCAUUCCCCCUUAGACUGAAGCGUCCAUGGCCAUCUGGUCUGCCAUCCUUUCCAGUUAUGAAGGAUGGUGACAUGGGCCUCAAUUCUCCGCUUAUGUGGCUCCAGAGAGAGGUUGGAGAUCGUUGCAUGCCGUCCUUAAAUUUCCAAGGUUAUGGACUGACACCCUGGAUGCAACCAAGGCUGGACCCUGCACUAUUGGGCCUACAACCUGAUAUAUUUCAAACAAUGGCAUCUGCUGCUUUACAAGAUUCGCGGGGCUUGGAGAAACGUCCCAACCAAUCUCUUCUCCAGUUCCAGCCGAAUCAGAAUAUGUCUUGCCAGCCGUCAUCUCUAACAAACCAAUUGUUACAGCAAGCCCAAUCACAGCAAACCUUAGUUCAGAACUUUCAUGAAAACCCAACUGUGGCACACAAUCAAGUCCAAGGUCAGCUCCUGCAGCAACAACUGCAAAAUUGCCGUGCAUAUGGUGACCACCAGCAGCAGCAGCAGCUUCCACACUUUGAGCAACUACGGAAUCAAUUUUCUGAUCAACAACAAAUUCCAAAGAUUGUCAGCAAGACACCUCCGUUUGGGUCAUCCACUCAGGCUCUGCCUACAUCCUUGGAAUCAAUUUCUUCUUCAUGUCCACAGCAAAUAUUUUCGAACUCUAUCAUGAACACUGCUUCUGACAUAUCUCCAAUGCAUAGUUUAUUGAAUUCAUUCUCACAGGAUGGUGGAUCCCGACAAAAUUUAUUCUCGCAGGAUGCUGGAUCCCGAGAUUCUCGACAAAUCAAUAUACCUAACUCUAACCCUUUGGCAUCUUCUUCUCCCUUAUUAUCGAAGCGAGUUGCAGCUGAACCUCAGCAUUCUUCUAGUACUGCUCCAUGCUCAUUGCCUCAAGUUGAAGAGUUAGGAGGGCCUCAAACUAGGAUCUCUGAUCUGUCGUCUUUGUUACCCCCUUUACCUGGUAGGGAAUUUUCUAUGUACCAUGGUAUUGGUGAUCCACAGAACAAUAUGUUAUUUGGGGUGAAUGUUCAGCAGAAUGAGCUGGCGAACAUCAGAAGUAAUAACAAUGAGAAUGACUCAUUGUCCAUGCCGUUUGCUUGUUCCAGUUUCUCAAGUGCUGCAGGGAGUGAUUUUCCACCUGCUUCUGAUAUGAUGACUAGUAGUUGUGUGGAUGAAUCAGGGUUCUUGCAGUCAUCAGAAAAUGAUGAUAUAGCAAACCCACCUAGUAGAACCUUUGUAAAGGUUCAAAAAUCGGGGUCCCUUGGGCGGUCACUGGAUAUAUCUAAAUUUAGCAGCUAUCAGGAGCUGCGCAGUGAACUUGCUCAUUUGUUUGGCUUAGAAGGCCAAUUGGAAGAUCCCGUGAGAUCAGGCUGGCAGCUUGUAUUUGUUGACCGUGAGAAUGAUAUUCUCCUGCUUGGUGAUGACCCUUGGCAGGAGUUCGUAAACAAUGUGUGGUACAUAAAGAUCCUAUCCCCUCAAGAAGUGCAGCAGAUGGGGAAAGAGGGGCUCGAUCUUCCAAACUCAAUAUUGAGGGCGAAGCACCAAAACAGCUUCAACAGCUGUGAUGACUACACAAUUCAACAGGACUUGAGACAUAAUAAUAGCAAUGGGAUGGCAUCUGUAACCUCUCUUGAUUACUGAUGACUCACAACGUGCCAAUUGCUACCUAUAUGAAAACCCAUUGAGCUCGGAUAAGUUAGCAGAUGCCUAAAAUGUGUAUCUUCGCCCUUAGCCCGGAACUCCCUAUUACAGUCUCCAACAGGGCAUUUGUGGAAUGAAAUUGAAUGUAUUAGCAGCUAAGUUUAAGGUAAUAGCGUAUAACGCGAGCAGCAGAACACUGUAAAUUAGCCUGCGUGAUUGUCCCUGAACUGCUGUGGGGAGAGUCACACGACAUCCUCUCUGUAGGGCAAAUACUGCAGAUGUAACUUGAACACACUUCCAUUGUAUUAUUGUUAUAGUUAGUAAUGUUUAUUGUCAGAAGCUUAAGUAAUA